AUGAACAGUUCACCUAUGUCUUCAUUGGGAGUGAGGAAAGGUUCAUGGACUGAUGAAGAAGAUUUUCUUUUAAGAAAAUGUAUUGAUAAGUAUGGUGAAGGAAAAUGGCAUCUUGUUCCUGCUAGAGCUGGUCUGAAUAGAUGUCGGAAAAGUUGUAGACUGAGGUGGCUGAAUUAUCUAAGGCCACAUAUCAAGAGAGGUGACUUUGCUCCGGAUGAAGUGGAUCUCAUUUUGAGGCUUCAUAAGCUUCUAGGCAACAGAUGGUCACUUAUUGCUGGUAGACUUCCAGGAAGGACAGCAAACGAUGUGAAAAACUAUUGGAACACAAACCUUCUAAGGAAGGUAAAUAAUACUACUAAAUUUGUUCCUCAUGAAAAGAUUAACAAUAAGUGUGGAGAAAUUACUAAGAAUGAAAUAAUAAAACCUCAACCGCUAAAGUAUUUCUCAAGCACAAAGAAGAAUAUUACAAAUAAUAUUGUAAUUGUGGACAAGGAGGAACAUUGCAAGGAAAUAGUAAGUGAGAAGCAAACUCCAGAUGCAUUGAUGGAAAACGUAGAUCAAUGGUGGACAAAUUUACUGGAAAAUUGCAAUGACGAUGUUGAAGAAGAAGAAGAAGAAGAAGAAGAAGAAGCUGUAACUAAUUAUGAAAAAACACUAACAAGUUUGUUAAAUGGUGAAGGUAACUCCAUGCAACAAGGACAAAUAAGUCAUGAAAGUUGGGGUGACAUUUCUCUUAAUUUACCACCCAUGCAACUAGGAGAAAAUGAUGAUUUUUCUGCUGAAAUUGACUUAUGGAAUCUACUUGAUUAA